CUAGAAUUCGAAUCCUACCCAUCGGGCCCAAACGAACCCAAGGUUCCACCCAGAGAGCGCCGAUUCUCCUUCUCUCCGGCGACUAAGAGCACAAAAGCUACCGUAAUUCAAAAACCUCUGAGCUCAAACCCUAAUUCCAAGAUCAACGCCUCAGGUCAAUGGACGGGGAUGAUGAUGGCUUAAGUAGUCCUCUUGAAGAGAACAGGGAUAUGAGACUUCAAGCAUCACAUAACUUGGACUUGAACAUGGAGCAGGACUGUCGCAGCCCAAAAUUUGUCCAUAGUAACAGCACCCUGUCCAGUCUUUCCUUAAAUGAUGAAGCCAGUAAAGAUGCAGUACUAAAAAUUGGUACAGAGUUUGAAUCAGAUGAACACGCAUACAAAUUCUACAACAAGUAUGCCAGAUUGGUAGGUUUCAGUGUUCGUAAAGACUGGGUAAAUAGGAGUAAGGUACAUGGUCAGGUGGUGUCUAGGAAGUUCACUUGCUCUAAAGAGGGUUACCGGAGGAAAGACAAAAGAGAUAUUAAUGUGAAGAAACACAGAAGGGAAACUAGAACUGGUUGCUUGGCACACAUGAUCAUUACUCGUCAGCCUGAUGGUAAAUAUCGUGUUACACAUUUUGAAGCACAACACAAUCAUGACAAUGUAAACCCCACUAACGCUCAAACAUUACCGUUACAAAGAGAAUUAAGUUGUUCUUCAGAUGCUGAAGCUGGCUUAGAAAAUAAUUCGGGAUCACACUCCAAAUCAGCAUUUGGAUCAAUGACAAGGCGAUUUGAAUUCCAGGAAUCCCUUGAUGAGCUUGCCAUUGAUUAUGACAAUUAUCUUCAAUCUGAAAGGUUAAGAGAUAUGAAGGAGGGAGAGGCAGGGCGUAUGUUGCAUUAUUUUCAAAGGCAGCACUUUGAAAAUCCAUCAUUCUUUUACGCAACACAGCUUGAUAUUGAUGACAAGGUAACCAACAUAUUUUGGGCUGAUGAUAAUAUGGCAGUGGACUAUGACCAUUUCAAUGAUGCAGUAUGUUUAGACGCAAGUUCCAGAACAAACAAAGAUUUUCGGCCAUUUGUACAAUUUUUAGGAGUGAAUCAUCACAAACAAGUCGUGAUUUUUGCUGCUGCACUCUUAUAUGAUGACACUGUUGAAUCCUUUAAGUGGCUAUUUCGAACUUUCAUAGAAGCAAUGUCUGGGAAGAAGCCAAAGGCCAUUCUCACAGAUCAAGAUGCAGCAAUUGUUGAAGCAAUCAAUUCAGUUUUACCAGAAACAAGCCAUCGCAUAUGUGUAUGGCAGAUGUACCAGAAUGCCCUCAAACACCUUAGCAAUGUAGUAAAAGAUACUGAUUCGUUUGCCAAAGAUUUAAAGAGCUGUAUUUAUUUCCAAAAGGAUGAGGAGGAUUUUGUUCAUGCCUGGGAAGCUAUGGUGGACAAAUAUGGUCUUCAGCAGAAUGAGUGGUUAAGAUGGAUGUUUAGAGAAAGAGAGAAAUGGGCUGUGGUAUAUGGUAGGAACACUUUUUUCAUUGACAUGAAUGGUUCACAUCUGGGUGAGUAUUUAUUUACUAACUUGAGAAAUCAAUUAAACUCUGACCUUGAUAUUCUUCAUUUCUUUAAGUUUUUUGAAAGGGUAAUAGAUGAGCAACGAUACAAAGAAACUGAAGCUAAUGAUGAAAUGAGCAGAUGUAUGCCAAGACUAAUGGGAAAUGUGGUUUUGUUAAAGCAUGCCAGUGAUGUUUACACCCCAAGGGCAUUUGAAGUAUUUCAGAGGGGAUAUGAGAAGAGUUUAAAUGUCGUUGUUAACAAGUGCAGUCAGAAUGGGUCAUUGCUUGAGUACAAAGCAAAUACAUUUGGGCAAGUGCGAGAACACACUGUUACAUUCAAUUCUUCUGAUAAUACAGUUAUUUGCAGUUGUAUGAAGUACGAGUAUGUUGGGUUUCUAUGUAGCCAUGCACUGAAAGUGCUUGAUCAUAGGAAUAUAAAGGUUGUCCCAUCCAGAUAUAUAUUGAAGAGAUGGACAAAAGAUGGAAGGUCAGGAAGCAUGAGAGAUAGUUAUGAGUUCACCAUACAAGACAAUCCUAAGUUGGUUGUUGCUAGCCGUUACAAAAACUUGUGCCAAAAAAUACUUAAGUUAUCAGCCAGGGCUUCUGAGUCUGAGGAAGCAUUUGAAUUUGCUGCCAGACAACUUGAUGAAAUGAUGGAAGGGGUGGAGAACAUCUUGAACUUAAAACUUGAGGACGCUCAAGCUCUCAGCUCAAGUAGCACAGGUGCAAAUGCAUCUGAAAGUGAACAUGCAGAAAUUUUUCUGGAUGCAAAUGCAAUUGAUGAUCAGGAUGAGAACAGAGUAAAAGGAGUAAAAGAGAAGGAGGGGGCUAUCUCCACCAUGGAUGGAAAAGUUUCUCAUGCAAAAGUAGUUCAUAAUAUAGAAGCAUCCCCACCAAUUGUAACCUUCAUUUCGAGUUCCCCGUCGGCAUAUAUUUCACCUCAAGCAACAACUGCAAAUCCCAUCAUGCAGGGAAUGUGCAAUUUUGAAGCAAAUCAGGUGGUUCAGUGCAUGUAUCAACAACCUAACGUAGUCAUGGACCAGCAAUCCAAUCCUAACAUCUAUCAACCACCAAACUUCUUCUCCAACCAACAUGAUUCACCUGGCCAAUCUCACCUAUUACAGGAACCUCUAAUCCAUAACCCAUACCAAGAGUCCGUCUCAAGCACCACUCAAUUGAGGCAGGCAAUGGAUCUUGAUGUUCAACAUCCACAUUCAUCUUCAUUCUUGCUUUAUGAUGACAGAUACAGAGCUUCCAACGUAUAUCUUGGGCCUAAAUAACUGAAGAAUAUGGAAAGUUAUUCUUCUCUCUCAUCAUUAUCUGUUUUGUGCUGUACAGUCUCAAAUGCUAGAAUUUGUAAUCCAAUCAUUGUAUUUCAUAUGCACACCACUUGGUCAACUCCAAAGGAUAUAAAGGCAGUUUUACUUCAUAGACCAUGAGAAAAUGUAAAUCCAUCAAUGCUUACAAAUGUUUAGCAAAGUGGUGUGCAUAUGAAAUAUGCCUCAAGUUGUUGGUUGCGGUGAGCUUUUGUACCAUGUCACAAUAAGUUGCCCCAGAUAACAUGUUCUAGAAUGGCUAUCGCAUGUUGGAAAGAUUUUGCAACA